CGCCGCCGCUUGCGCGGUUGUGCCCCAAUAUGUCCCCUGCCCAGCCUUUUCUUCUGCCAGGCUCCGCAUCAAACCUCCCGCACCGAGUCCGUCGUACGAACCUCCUCCGUUCGCACACUCGCUCGCCUUGACAACUCUUCAUUGAGCUUUCAGGUCAACCUUCCACUUCAAGUCAAACUCGAUCACAGUCAUGAAGUACUCAUUCACCCUCGCCGCUCUUGCGGCCCUUGCCUUUGGCAAGGAGAUGCCCAAGGACGAGGCGCGCGCCGCGGAGCUGUACGACUCUGGUGUGAUGCACGACAGGAUCAUGUCGGAGAAGUUCAAGCAGUGGGAUGCCAUGGCCAACGCCCGCGCUUCGGCGCUCGCCGACCCCUACGUCGAGCUUCACUUUGCUCAGUGCAGGGACGGCAAGUCGGUGCCUUUCAGGGACCAGGCCACCUUUUUCUUCCGCUGCAACAACAUGAACCUGCACCACUUCCUACCCCACUCUAUGUUGGGCAGCCAGACCGGACAGGGUUCAUCUUCAUGGGGUUGGACCUCUGAUGACGGCAGGGAGUUUGCCAUCAUUGCACAGGCUGACGGUGCUGCUUUUGCCGAGGUUAUCCUCGGUGGCAAGCUUCGCUACCUGGGUCGUCUGCCUCAGACUCCCGGUGCCGCCGCCGCCAUCUGGAGGGAAAUCCGUGUCUUCAAGCACUACAUUGUUGUUGGUAGCGAGUCUUACAACCACCACAUUCAGAUCUUUGACCUGAAGAAGCUACUUGACAUCGACUACCGCAGCCCUGUCGUCUUUGACCCUGCCACGGACAUUACUGGUUUCUACGGCAACCUGCCCGACGGACGUGCCCACAACGUCCUUGCCAACGAUGCCUCUGGCUUUGCCUACGUCGUUGGUGCCCGUCCCCGCACUUCUGAGUGCCGUAGUGGCCUCAUCUUCCUUGACCUGAAGGACCCCUCCAAGCCGGAGUACGCUGGCUGUGCUGCCAUGGACGGCUACGUGCACGAUGCCCAGUGCCUCAUCUACAAGGGACCUCACACCAAGUACCUGGGUCGCGAGAUCUGCUACGGGUACAACGAGGACUCUCUUACCAUCUACGAUGUUACCGACAAGAAGUACCCGCAGCUCGUUUCCGUCACCUCAUACGAGGGUGCCACCUAUACCCACCAGGGUUGGGUUCUCGACACCGAGAACCAAGAGUUCCUGGUUAUGGACGACGAGUACGACGAGUACGACGGACGCGGCCCUGCUGCCAACGGCCACGCAACAACGCUGAUCUGGGAUAUCCGAAACUUGGAGAAGCCCAAGCAGACGGGCUACUACCAGGCUCCCCGCACCAGCAUCGACCACAACCAAUACGUCUUCGGCAACUACAGCUACCAGUCCAACUACGGCGCCGGUCUCAGCGUUCUUGACAUCUCUUCUAUCCCCCAGAACCCCUCAGGCAGCGGCGUCCGCGAGGUUGCCUGGUUCGAUGUAUACCGUGAGGAUGACAACAUGGAGGGCGGCGGCUCCAAGGCAUUCGUCGGUACCUGGUCGAGCUAUGCUGGCUUCAAGUCUGGCUACAUUCUGAUCAACACUAUUGAGCAGGGUGCAUUCCUGGUCAAGGUGCAGGACCCCGCUAAGGGAGAAUUCCAGGCCCCAAGCCUUGCGCUCAUCGAGAUGCCAACGACCAGCAGACCCCUCCUCCUUCCGCAGAACCGGAGAUUGCGCCACCUUCGCGGCGUCUACCUGCGAAACCUGAGCUUCAGCAAACCCAACGGGCGGACGAUUGACGAUGCCGCCAUAAACAAGUCGCCGGCCAAGCUCGACUUGGUAAGGGAGGCGGGCCAGUUACACCACGCACACAGUACAGAGGGUCUCAAGAGUAAUAGUACACCGGCCGUGACGGGCGCAGUGGGAGCUUCGUCGCCCCGCCUGAGACGUCGCAGCACGGGCCUGACCAAUGCGAAUCCUGUCACUCGGCAGAAGCAGCUCGAGUAUGCGGUUGACUCCAGGUUGGCCGAUGUGUUCUUCUCGCUACAUUGCGAUGCCACCACAGAGCCUAUUUAUAUCAGUGAGGUUGGGGAGAGGGCUUCGAACUUCAACUUUGAACUCUUCGAGCUCACCGAUUUGAGCCCGGCGGUUACUCGAUCCUCACACUUGACAGUUAAAGUCUGGGCCAAACGGCAACAGUCAUGGACCUUCCUCCUCGAAGACGAUGUCGACCUCCGAGCGCUCAGCUUCGUCGGUACAACCCUCCAAAAUAUUCACAUGCCCUCAAACUGCCUCAUCUUUCACCUCGUCGACGGUAUCUACAUCUACGGUAUCUCGAUAGAGACCGCGCCUCCGAAACAAGUCCCCGCCCUUGCGACGUCAUCGUACAAUGCGCUUAUGAAGCUCUGCACCCUGGAGAACUCGGUGCAAGAUGCGUUGGUUGCGCAAGAGGAGCUGUCGGCCCGGAUCGACCAGGCUCUGUCGCAGAUGCCCGAUGCUCCAGUUGCUGAAGAGGAGGACAAGCUCCAGUUGGCCAGAAGGUACCUUAAAAAACAGGAGACUGCCGUUAUAGCGGCGAAGAAGCGCCGUGAAGAGCUCAGGCAGUCGAUUCAGGCCAGGAAAGAAGCAAUUAAGAUGGGCCGGGAGCUGCAGGACCAAGCACGUAGGGAUGUUGAAAAUGCGACGGAUCAUUUGGAAGCGUCGCAGGACAUACUGGCGCAGACGAAAGAGAGUAUCCACGGUCAGCGGCGGCGUAUAUGUGAAGAUCUCAUCAGAAUCUUCCCUAUAACAGAGGCGCCAUCCGGACAACCACUCUCCUUUCAAAUAUGCGGCGUCCCGCUCCCUAACACGAUAUACGAUCCCACGUUGCGAUCUGGCGCCAAGGGCGGAGCCGCGGCGGCCGAGGACACGAUCUCUGCCGGGCUUGGUUACGUUGCGCAGUUGACGCAUGCGCUGCAAUCUUAUCUGGGCGUGGCUCUGCCGUACCCUAUUACGCCGUUCGCGUCGCGGUCGAGCAUCCGUGACGACAUUAGUAUGCUGCCGGACCCGUCUCGUGACUUUCCGCUCUAUGUGCCCCGUGGUGGCUCGAGCGCCCAGUACAGGUUUGACUACGGCUGGUUCCUGCUGAACAAAGACAUUGAGGUACUCUGCACUGCGCAGGGAAUUCGUGUCGUUGACAUAAGGCACACAUUACCCAAUCUCAAGUACCUGCUCUACGUGUGCAGCGCGGGAAAGAACGAGCUGCCUGAGCGCAAGAAGGGUGGCAUCAGAGGCCUCUGGCACGGUCAGGGCCUCCUUAGCCGGGGCGGCGUAGCAAGCAGCAUAGACCUAUCGGACCCGGGGGGUGAUGGGAGUGUGGCGGGGAGCAGUCGGAGAGGCAGUACUGACAGCGAGGUGACUGCCAGGCACAGGGAUGAACUGACAAAGUCAAUGGCUGACGGCACUGAUAUAAGACCGCCGUCACAACGGUCAUCGGGAGGUGGAAUGGGAUUUAGUGAGAGCCCCAAGCCAACUCUUUUGUUGCGGACGAAAGGGUUGCGCGGUGAGACGGUCAAAUAAUUGUCGUUUCAGCACCCGUUGUCACCUCGUUUUGUGCGGUGUUGGAUGACCACAAUUUGCUUUCUAGCCUGUUCGUCAAGAAACGAAAAGUCACUCGCGUCUUAGAUACCCCUUCCCCGAACAAAGAGAGACUUUGGUAAUCAUGGAAUGUACGGCUUUUUCAACAGGGCCAUUUCCCUGGUAUAUAAUGUAGGUAUCUGACAAAAAGAUAGUGAGAAGUGUGUCUAAUCAUACAAAA